AUGAAUGUGCUUGUCUAUGCAGGACCAGAAGUCCAGCAAACUUCACUCAAUCACUCCUUGUCGUCUCUCAAACUCAUCCUGUUUCCGCACUACACUGUUCAACCCAUCACGCAACGAGCUCUCAUCACACAACCAUGGGCAGCCACAUGUGCCCUCCUAGUCGUUCCACAAUGUCGCGCCCGAUUCUUAUCAUCUUCCGCGUCAAGGCCGAUCCAAGAAUACCUUGAAGAUGGCGGAGCUUACCUUGGACUAGGAACAGGCGCACUGUACUCACCACGCGGACUCGUUACCGGAUUUGCGAAUUUGAAUCUUGGGAUAUCAUCAGGCGAGGAUACUCGACUUCGGUUCUUUGAUAAGUUUAAUAGCAGCUAUAUCUACCCUGAAACAGGCGGUGGUGAAGGGACACCGGGGCUCGUUCAGCUUCGGUUACCUGAUGGGCAGGCCUUGAAACGAGUGUUCGAUGCUGGUAUCGGCAAAUUCAUCAGGUUCGAGGAUGCAAAGGGGGUGGUUGCGUUGGCUCAUUAUGCAGAUCGCGAGGGUGUUGCAGCUGGUGUCGCUAUCGACGUUAGCGGGGGCAAGAUAGCACUAUGGAGUCCCAAUAUCGAAUAUCCGUUAUCAGAGGAACCAGCAUCGUCGCUUUUGGCCCAAAGCACGCCACCAUCCGAGGUGGAAUCGCUCGAAGUUGGCCGACGCAAGCUGUUAAAAGAUACCCUGAUCCAGCUCGGAUUACAGAUCCCUGAAAAAGAAGGGAAAAGCAUCGCUCGUCCCCUUCCCCAAUUCCUCACUUCCACUCCAACAAAGCCGCGUAUCGUAUCUACCAUCAUCCAAGCACUCUCUCCCAGCACUAGCUCUCAGCUGGAGAAGUUCAAAGACGCCAAUGAUACCUUCCAGUUUGUCAGUCUUGCUGAUAGCUCAAAGUUGCUGGAAGAAACGCGAGCGAUCGUGUUCACGCCAAGUGACCCUUCAACCUGGCAGCCGAAACAUAUCGUUCUAUGCUCAAAUGGGGAGCUCCCAUCACGCGAGCUAACACCUCUAUUCGAUCUCGAUCUAUUCUUCAAAUCCUUAGCCAUCGCUCGCGAGCAGAGGGACCUAACAACCGACUCAGAGGCCACGUCAUGGGGCGUCGGCGAGGCGCUGCUCUAUGGUGAAGCUAUAACCAGCACGCAGACCAUGUUGGACAAAAACCCAACCCUACUCACCCAACUACCCACCCCCCUCCUCUCGCUCGCAUCGCAUCAAUUGGCAGGUCGAGGUCGAGGAAACAACGUCUGGCUCUCCCCAUCGGGUUGCCUCCAGUUUUCGAUUCUCCUACGGGUAUCCCUGGCUUCGUUCCCCGCGAAUAAGCUGGUGUUCAUACAAUACCUCUUCGCGUUGGCUGUUGUGGAGGCGUGUAAGGAGGACAACGUGUUGGGAAAAUGGGGGGAGGGGAUAAGGCUGAAGUGGCCGAACGAUUUAUAUGCUCUUGUUGGUGAGGGUGAGGAGAAGAGGAAGGUGGGUGGUGUUUUGGUGAAUACGAGUUUUUCAGGGGGGAAUGUGGAUGUUGUUAUCGGCUGUGGGUUGAAUAUCCUGAACCCUCCACCGAUAACGUCCAUCUCCCAGCUGCUUCCCCAUGGUAGAAAGGAUAGCCUAAGCAUAGAAAACACAGCUGCAGCUAUCAUGGCGACUUUUGAAUCAAUGUGGACGAUUUUCAUUCAAAACCGGGGAUCUUUCGAGCCGUUCAUGGAUUUAUACCUUGAGAGGUGGUUACAUUCGUAA